UUGAAUUUGUUGCUUUUACUCUUGUAGUAACUGUCACUGUCACGGUGACACAGUGAGUGAAGAGUUUGCUUUCUGGUGUGAGCGUGUCUAAAUCUGCCUGAUUCAUCCAUGAGUGCCGCUGAAUAACACUCCCUCAGUGCCCUCUCCCCUCCUCUCUCCUCCUCACUGCUAAUGACUGAUUCUGCACGAUGCUGUUCACUAGCGUGGACACAUGCACUGACACAAACACGCCAGAGGCAGACCCGCGGACCAACACAGUGUGCCGACAAGGCUUUUUGUUUUGUGUCUUCCGCAUCUUCUGGUCUGUAAGGAGGAACGUUUUUGAUCAAGCCGAGUGAAAGUUUGAUGCUGGAUUGUCAGGAUGUCACUGGAGCUGAGGGCACUGCUGGAACAAAAACAGCGCAGAAAAAGACAAGAACCUCUGAUGGUCCAGCCGAAUCCAGAAGCUCGGCCACGACGCAACCGCGCAAGACGCGGCGAGGAGCAGGCUCCUCUCGUGGAGUCUCAUUUAAACGUCACCAAUGAUGUCAUCAUGGAAGGUAUCGAUGGUCCGGCAGCAUUCCUGGGACCAGACACUCCUGACAAGGGUACAAAAAUUCAAAUCGUGUCGGUGUGCCAGUCCCCGCAGCAGCCACAGCCCAAAUCCCCUGUUGCAGCUGAAGAGCCCGAGAGGGUGGGGGACACUGAAAUGCUGCUGGAGCCGAAAGCAGACAUUCACGAACUGCUCCAGAAACAAGGUCUGUCUGGCAGCUUGAACUUUGAUGAAUCCAGUGAGCCGGAGGAUAACGCAGACGAAGAGCAGCCUCGCUCUCUGUCCCCGAACGCAGGUGGGACAAGGCCGACGUCUGCAGCCAGUGGUAAAGACAGCCAGGACGCAUCAACACCGUCUCCAAGUGCAGAGAAUUCUCUGCUCGACGUCACCAACUUGGAAGAGUUCGUCCUGCGUCCAGCACCACGCGGCGUCAUUGUGAAGUGCAGAAUCAGCAGGGACAAGAAAGGCAUGGACCGUGGUCUGUACCCCACCUACUUCAUGCACAUGGAGCGGGAGGAUGGCAAGAGGGUGUUUCUCUUAGCGGGACGCAAGAGGAAAAAGAGCAAGACGUCAAAUUACCUCAUUUCAGUGGAUGCCACAGACCUUUCCAGAGAGGGAGAGAGUUUCAUCGGUAAACUGAGGUCCAACCUGAUGGGCACCAAGUUCACGGUGUACGACAACGGCACCAAUCCCUGUAAGAACCCGGGGGCGCUGCUGGAGGAGAGCAACACUCGGCAGGAGCUGGCGGCCGUCUGCUACGAAACCAACGUCCUUGGAUUUAAAGGACCUCGGAAGAUGACGGUGGUCAUCCCGGGGAUGAACAUGAACUUCGAGAGAGUGCCUGUGAGGCCCCAAAAUGAGCAGCAGAGUCUUCUGAGCCGGUGGCAGAACCACACGCUGGACACCCUCAUCGAGCUGCAUAACAAGGCCCCGGUCUGGAAUGACGACACGCAGUCCUACGUGCUCAACUUCCACGGCCGCGUAACUCAAGCCUCAGUGAAGAACUUCCAGAUAGUUCAUGACAAUGACCCCGAUUACAUCGUCAUGCAGUUCGGCAGAGUGGCAGAGGACACGUUCACGUUGGACUUCAACUACCCCAUGUGCGCCCUCCAAGCCUUCGCCAUCGGACUGUCCAGCUUUGACAGCAAGCUGGCUUGUGAAUGAGCUCCCUGCUAACAGGUGGACUCCACGUCCCUGUCUUUAUAGUGGGAGUAAAAGGGACACGUCUCAUGCAGAUCGUAGAAAUGUUUCUCCUGCAGCUGUGCAGUUUGUUAGUGCUCUGGUCCUCACGUGAACUCACCACUCUGCCUUGUAUCGGACAUCUGUCGCUGGAAUUCAUCGUUUGCCUUCUACACCUUCAUGAAGCCUCCUCUUCUGAGCCCACUAGGUGGCACUCUAUACGCAUGGGCUUUGUAUCACUAUUUUAAUGAAACCUUACGUCAUUUUUACACAGAGAGCGCCACCUACUGGGCUCUGGAGAAGUGGCUUGAGGAAGUCCAUCUCAUACAAAACACUUGUUUUUUUUAUGUGAGUCAUGCUAGUGUUUUGGUACCGAGACCGGAGCCUCCAGGGACCAAACUGGAAACAGAGCUGGUUUCUUCCAACGGUGGCGUCUCACUUCUCUGUAUAUUUCGCCAGGUCUCUGCUUGCUCUGGUGUCAACGUGGUCUUGGCGACGACACCACAUGUUCCUGUCACGGUUCUUUGUUUUUGCACGUUUGUCCUUUCAAAAAUAUCCAAUGCAGAAUUGCACAUUUUGAAUCGCCUGCAGUCAUUUAAACUAAAGACGAGUCGACAGAUAUCCCAGAGGUUUAUUGAAAAGAGGCGAACUCUUCUUCAGAAAUGAUCAGGUGGAAACUUUACUCAUUCUAUCCCACUGUGUGCCAGCAGUCGUUUUUGAAUUGUAUUGUUUUGUAAACAAAAAAAAGAACAGGUGCAAUUUCAGAGAGAGGUACUGUAAAUAUGUGCUAUUGUUGUGAAAAGCAAAAACAUUCCAUUUUUAACAGAAAAAGUUGAGGAAAUGCCUUCAGUUUCAAGGAUGUUGAGCUGUAUUUUCUUAAAGAUGACGUUGGAUUUUGUGACAACUUUAGAUGGUUACCAUGAGAAAAUAAAACACCUCCCUGUUAAAGGACGUCCUCUG